UCUCAAAUAAAAUGGUCUCUCACAAUUUGUGAUUAAUAAAAUAUAGUCUAGUCUCUAGUCUACGGUUUACACCGCUACUAGGCGUAUAAAUGACGCCAACCAGUUACCCCUGUUCGGAAAAACAACAAAAAUGGGUAGCGCCGGCGGUGCUACGGCCAAAACAUGCUUGAAAGCUCUCAAAUCAUCUCCAAUGGUGUCAUGGAAAUCAACGGGCAAACUUCAGAAAACGCUAAGAACAUCUAUAGAGAAGCAGGGGAUUGGCCUACAUUCAAGCCGAUCGACUAAAGUCAAGUUAUGUCCUGAACUUGCCAAAACAGGAAGGUACUUUAAAAUGGGUUCUAAUAUUAUCCCAUCUUCCAUUGAUUUUGUCGAUGAAUCGCCUCUUUGUACUACUCUUCGUAAGGAUGGUGUCAUGGUUUCUACUGUUGAGCAUCUGCUUUCCGCUUUAGAGGCAUCUGGUGUUGAUAAUUGUUGCAUCGAGAUCUCUCCCUCCAUUGCAAAUGAUUCCAUUCUCGAGGUGCCUAUCUUGGAUGGUUCAGCAAGGGAGUGGUUGGAAGCAAUAGAACAAGUUGGUUUGGAAGAUGCUAUUGAUGUAAAGGGAAACAAGUGUGAGAAGAUGGCGCCAUUUGUCAAUGCUCCUAUUCAUAUAAAGAGAAAUGACUCUUUUAUUGCAGCAUUUCCAUCCCAGGAGAUUCAGAUUACUUACGGCAUCAAUUACCCUGAGGUUCCCUCCAUUGGCUGCCAGUGGUUCUUUUCCGGUGUUUUUAACAGGUCUUUCUAUGCAACAGAUAUAGCGUCUGCCAGAACCUUUUGUGUUUAUGAACAGGUGGAGCAGAUGCGUGAAAUGGGACUCAUAAAAGGUGGUUCACUAGAAAAUGCUAUUGUUUGUAGUGCCUCGAAAGGUUGGUUAAAUUCACCACUGCGUUUUCCUGAUGAACCGUGUCGCCAUAAAGUCUUAGAUCUCAUUGGUGAUCUGUCUAUAUUGGCAGAAUCUGGUAAUCAGGGUCUUCCCGUGGCACAUAUUAUUGCGUAUAAGGCUGGCCAUGCUUUGCAUACGGAUCUUGUACGCCAUCUAAGCUCACCACAAAUUAAGACGUGAACUAGAGAAGAUGAACAAGGUAUUUACAUUAAAUAACUUGUGUCUGAACACAAUAUCGCGACAUUUCAACAGUAAAUAAGCUAAUGAGCCGUGCUGCAUGUCAGUUGCGAAGACUUUCAAAACUUAAAACCCGCAUGAUUUUUGAGUACCUCUAUUUCUAUACGACUAUAAUUACAAUCGAAAGAAAAACGAAAGGAUACCGACAGAUCUUUCUUUCAUCAAGUACGUGAAAUUUGAACCCAAUCCGAAAUAAACAGGCUGACGCGGGAACAUUCAGUGGGAACAGCUGAAUAGCUUCAAUAAAGAAUGAUUGCUGCAAGAAACAGGAAAAAUAAAGAAGAUCAAGCACCAAAAUGAAAAGCAAAUUCAUCACUAAUUCUUUUUUAUUUGUACCUGAAAUCUGUACAUUUAAAAGAUGAUGAUAUAAAUAGUAUGCUCAAACAUCGGCUCCUUUGACAAUGUUGUAUUUGCAAAGGGGGCAUGUCGCGUUCAUCUUAAGCCACUUCACGAUGCAUGUUCUGUGGAAGUGGUGAUUGCAUGGUAGACCAUGAAGCUCCACUCCAUCCUCGCACGAACUCGGACAGAUAUUAGCACUCCAUCCUCGUACGAACUCAGACAGAUACAGAGCUAGAAUUCUUGUCAACCGCAUUCAAGUCACCGUCAUACAGGGCAAACAGCAAACUAAGCGAAAAUGUUUACAAGAAUAUGUUUGAUUCAUGAUAAAUUUUCAAGCUUGGUCAGUUUUGUAUCAUAUCGAAAGUAUCCAGUGUCAAUCAUUACAUAAAAAUUUAAGAAUAUGUCACCGUGAGCGAAAGAAGAAGGGAAGAAAAGGGGAACAAAGACAAACGAAGAAAGAUUUUUCAUUCAAUUUCAAGCAAUAAUGCUAUAGUAAAGAUAUCUCAAUCACAAAAGUAUACAAUAAAUUUAAUAAGAAAACUUCACUCUGGUGAAAUCCAAGCAAUUCUAACUAUCGAAAAGGAACUUACUGCAUCUUCAGAUAAAAGAACGCGUUCAGUUGCCACAUAUCCACAGCCAGUCUCUACUGACACCAUCACCCCAGCUCCCACACUAGGUUUUUCAUCAUUAUUUAACAUCUGAAAUCUAUAUUUCGGGAGUACACUAAGAUCGGCUUCCAAGGCAGCUUUCUGCUUUCCAAACCAAAAAAGACAUGCAGUAGGUCAAAGGCCUCACAGUAAAUAUGCAUUUAAUUGCUAGUGUAGGGGAGACUAACAUACUUGCCCAGCAACUGUAUAAAGAAGUGCUAUAAUGCAUGGCAAACAGCAACAUAGGGCAAUCCCUAUCAAACAGACCAAGACAACACAAAAUAUGGCAAAGAAAACAUCAGGUGCCAGAUAGAAAACAGUUAGCCUGCACAGAUGCAAAUUAAAAUAAUUAAUUACAUAUUUGAUAAUAGAAAAGCUAGAUCAUCGAUGUAUACCCUUUGCCAACCCUUGAUAAUAGAACAAACAUAGUUGAAAUAAAACAACAUCAUUCACAUGGAGAAGGCUUCCAGUCUCGUAAUCGGUAAUUGAAACAGUUAUAAAAAUGUCUUUGUUAAAAAUUACUAUUUUAAUAAGUAAAAUGAGUUUGUCAUUUUAAAAGUAAAAUUUUACUACGAUUUUUAGAUAUUAGUUUUAUUAUUUGUGGGGACAAAAUAAAUUAUACGACGAAAAAUAUGGGUAUAUAAUCCAUCUCAUACUUUAAUAAGUAUGAAUAUGAAAUUGAGUCACCCGUAAUUUUGCCACGUAACUUAUGAUUCAUCAAGCUAACCCCUUCUUAUCUAUAAACUUGUACACUCUAUUCCCCUUUCUCCUUCAUUAUCAAUUAGAGUAAAAUUUCUGAAAAUUUAUCCUCUUCCAAAGUAUAAACUCAAUCUGAAAAAUUGAUAUUUACUUUUCCAUUGUAGAAGAAGGAGAACACAUCUAGUACUAUCACCAUCUCCAUCUCUUUUGGGUUAGAAGCUUUUUAUGGGUAAUUAAAGUAGCAUCAAGAGGAGGCUAAUUUGAAGUUCAUCAAAUUAUUGAAGAACUUACAAGCUAAAGUGGAUCUUGGUUUUAAUUUUCUGAAAUUUUGUGUGGAAUUAAUCUUGCUCAAAGGGCCUAUCCCUUAUGGGAGAUAGAUCCAUUUUCAGGUUAGCUCUGUGGUGAAAAGGAUGCCUACAUGUAUUAUGUGUUUCGGACAAGGCGAGGACUUCUUUUGGAAAUAUAUUUUGUAAAUUAGAUAUUUGUAUAAUUAAAUUGUAAUAAUUUUAUAAUGUUUUGUAAAUAAUCACUUAAUUAUGUAAAAAGUUUUAAAUACCCUGA